CGACAUUUUGUGUACCCAUUGCUCAAUGCUCUGCUCAGGUUGCUUUUGUGGAGCUCCCUUGAAAUGACGUUUCACGAUGAAUCCUUAAAAAGGACAUUAGCAAGAAAAAAUACACAAAUGUAAAAGAAAAAAAAACACAAGCAAAAGACAACAACAACGACCAAAAUGUAGUGCUCUUCUCUUAUUCUUCUACCCCUAGUAAGCGCCCCCUGGCCAAAUAGAGUGCUGUGAUUCUGAUUGAGGGUUGUUUUUAAUCCCGAUAAUGUUUUACGGACGGGUAGAAGUAGAAGGUAAACGUCAUCCUCAUAGUCAUAGUCAUUCUCAUCAUGGUGGUUGCUACUCUUGCUCUUUCUAUAUUUUGUAAGGAUACAUCACCAAUUUUAAAGCAUUUCACAUCGGGAUCUGUUCGAGUAAACAACGAAUGAGGGAGCGCGGUUCAUGUUGAUUCUGUGUUUUUCCUUACAAAUAUCUGUGUCGUGUGAAUUGUUUGUUUUCAUUUUCAAAAAGAAAGGAUACUAAUAAAUCUACCUUUAUUAAAUCUUUAAUAUAAAAACUGUUUCUUUUUUUUUACUUUGGUGAAAAUCUUGUUUGUUUGAUUAAUAUUAAAAUAAACCAGUACCAGUUUUGAAUAUUGUUUAAGAGUGAUACCUUCGGAUAAUCGGAAAAUAAAAAUAUAAAAGACGUUCUUGAACAAACAAGUGGAAGAAGGAUUGGAUUUAAAUCAAGUCCGCCCGUUUGAAAUAUGGUUUACUUUAGUCCACGUGGAAUGCAGCCGUGUAGUCCAUCCGGUGUUAUAGCCAUGAUGCCACCAUCAAAAAGCCCAACUAUGGAAUCAGCUGCCAGUCAAAGAGCCGCAACAUUAAAUUCUGAAACUCUAAUGGAGUCAAUUCGGCCAGUCAACCAGCGUUCGUGUCCGCUGAAGUUUUCCAUUGCGAAAAUAAUGGAACCUGAUUCGAAAACUCACUGCGAAAGAAGUAAUAGUCCCGUGCCGCUGGAAGUUCAUAGUCAAGCACCACCACCACCGCCACCGCCAGCUCAUCAGUCGGAUGACAGAGACAGAACCAAUAACUCCUCAUCCGCUGAUAAUGACGCUGCCGCUGCUGGAAGUGAAUUUGUUAACUACGAUUCGGCGUUUAAGAAAUAUGUUCCGACGGCAAGUUCUGCAGUGCAGCAGUUUGUCAGUAGUCGACAUCAGGAAUUGCUCAAUCAAUACCCACUCCUCUACUAUCCCGGUCAGCUGAUGUGUGCUGCUGCAGCAGCUCAAUAUGCCGCCCUGACGCAGCAGCAUAGUGCCUCUGCACUUCUAGCUUCGACAGGGGGUGCUCCUAGUUCAUUGCAUUUGAGCAGUUUCACAGCAUCGCUGAGCAGUUUGCACAGUCAGAAUCUGAGGAGAAGUCUUAGUUCUAGUCACCAUUCCACCCAUCACCACAAUCCAGUUCAUAGUCAGCACCACCAGGAGAAGGUUAUCCACUCGAGUCCACCAUCAUCAGGGGUAAAGUCUCCCAUCAGCGACCAUUCGAAGGCUUCUUCGACUCGAUCGGUUUCUCCAUCGAUGGAAGCCACCAGUCCCGGCGGUUCGUCGUCGACGAAUAAACAAAAGACGUUUUCUUGCCUGGAGUGCGGAAAGGUCUUCAAUGCGCAUUACAAUCUCACCCGCCAUAUGCCAGUACACACUGGAGCCCGCCCCUUCGUGUGCAAGAUCUGCGGAAAAGGAUUCCGACAGGCGUCAACUCUGUGUCGCCAUAAGAUAAUCCACACCGCCGAAAAGCCACACAAGUGUCAGACCUGUGGCAAGGCUUUCAACCGGUCCUCUACCCUGAACACCCACACCCGUAUCCAUGCGGGUUACAAGCCAUUUGUCUGUGAAUACUGCGGAAAGGGCUUCCACCAGAAGGGCAACUACAAGAACCACAAGUUGACGCACAGCGGCGAGAAGGCUUACAAGUGCAACAUCUGCAACAAGGCCUUCCACCAGGUCUACAAUCUCACCUUCCACAUGCACACUCACAACGACAAAAAGCCCUACACUUGCAAGAUCUGCGCCAAGGGCUUCUGCCGGAAUUUUGAUCUAAAGAAGCACAUGCGGAAGUUGCACGAAGUCGGAACAGGAUCCGGCUCCUCCGGACGAAAUCACCACAGUCACAAUCACUCCCACCACCACAGCCAUCAGAUGCAUUCGCCGUCGUCUGUCAGUCGAUCGUCUGAUGCAGGCUCUCCACCUAUCAACGUAACGACCCCACCGCCACUAGGAGACCAUAGCAAUGCCGCAGCAGCUGCAGCAAGUGCGUGGCACGCCACAGCCGUAUCCAGUCUCCAUCACAACGGCAUUUCUCCACUGCGAGCCGCAGAGUACUCGAGUUCGUUCAUCCAUUUGGCCACAGGUGGCUCUGGAGCUGGCCCAAAUGGUGGAAAUGGUGGACAGAGGAUGGACCAGGUGCCGUUCAUUGCGAAAGUUUUUUGACACAGGUACUAUGCGGAUACGCUAGCGUCGGCGACAAAGAGCAUUCUAAUCGAUUGACUUCGAGUAACCAGCAAGAUGAGUGCACUGAGGUCAGUUCACAAUAGGCCUCGAGCUAUGAUAAGGGAGGCCACAACUGUAUCAAUUUAAUGAAUCUCUGCUCCGGCUUCGGCUUCGGCUUCGACUUCUGCUUUGGCUUAGACUUUUUCUCGUCUCUGCCACCACCUGUGUGAUUGUUCGCGAUGAUGGGAUUGAAUCGGGAUCAGCACUUUUGUGAUCCACCGAAAAACAUAAAACAAACUUAUCACAAUCAAAAUGUGUCCCUUUACCUUGUUCUAACUGUGACUGCACUCUCUAUUUCUCUUUGUAUCUCUAAAAAAUGAUGUGAUCUAAAAUAAAUUAUAAACAAAAUAAAAAAAAAACAAAUUAUAUAAUGUGCAAUAAAUGUAUGAAAACAAAAAAACACACAAAAAUAUAAAAAAAACCAAAACGUUGAAUAAACUUUUUUUCUCGAUUUCAUAUUAAAUCGAACAAAAAUAUAAAUAAAACUAAAAUUAAUAUAAAUAGUUAAAACAAAAAGCAUUUAAAUAUAAAAAUUAAUUGCGUUUGAUGUACUAAAUGUAGUAAGUAACCAUAUUUUCAACACCACCAUCCACCGUCUUGAGAUGGAUUGUACAUCUAAUCUAAAUAUAUUUAGAAUUUAUGCAGAAAAUACGUUUGCUAUAUUAUAUAUAUAAAAAAAUGUAGAUUUAUUUGUUAAAAAUAAAUAUUAAACAAAACAUGUAAAAAUUUGUAAUUCAUACAUAUAGUCGAAGAAUUAUUAUUAUAUAAAUUAGGAUAUAGUAUUAUUGUGUGUUAUUAUAAUUAUAAAAUAUAAAUUAAAUGUGUACUGGAACGAAGGAAAUGAAUUUAGAAAUAAUAAAAAUUUUAAAUAAAAAAAAACAAAAAUAGGAAU